AUGCAUCGCCUGGCGUGUCUGUGUGUCCUGCUUAGUUUCUUGGAAGAAGUGGGCGGCACGUGUCCUUCCCGGUGCGCCUGUGAUGGCAGCGAGGACGGCGCAGGACCCAGGUCUGUGCUGUGCAAUGACCCGGAUAUGACCGAGGUCCCCACGAACUUCCCUGUGGACACUGUGAAGCUCCGCAUAGAGAGGACGGCGGUGCGCAGAGUCCCGGCAGAGGCAUUCUACUACCUGGUGGACCUCCAGUUCCUCUGGGCGACUUGCAACUCUGUGGCCAGCCUUGAGACCGGCAGCUUUUACAACCUGGGGCAGCUGCAUGAGUUGCGCUUGGCUGGGAAUGCUCUGGCUACCUUCCCUUGGGCAUCUCUGCAGGACACGCCCCAGCUGAGGACCCUGGAUUUGCACAAUAACAGAAUAGCCAGUGUGCCGAAGGAGGCCAUCAGGCACCUGACUGGCCUCGCCUACUUGGAUUUAUCAAGCAACAGACUAACUACGCUGCCACCGGAUUUCCUGGAGAGCUGGUCACACGUCCUUACAUCGUCUAGAAGCCUGGACCCUUCACCAAGGAGAAUGAUCCUCGGUCUGCAGGACAACCCUUGGUUAUGUGACUGUCACAUUUCAAAACUGAUCGAGCUGUCAAAAAUUGCUGCCCCUACUGUGAUGUUCCUCGACCCACUGAUGGUGUGCAGUGAGCCCGAGAGCCUGGCGGGGAUUCUGUUUCAGCGGGCCGAGCUGGAAAAGUGUCUGAAGCCACUGGUGAUGACCUCGGCCACCCAGAUUACCUCUGCUCUGGGCAGCAACAUCCUGCUGCGAUGUGAUGCCACUGGCCAACCCACCCCACAGCUCACAUGGACCAGAGCCGACAGUGCACUCGUUAAUUACACAGUAAUUCAGGAGUCUCCAGGGGAAGGCAUCCGAUGGUCCAUAAUGAGCUUGCCAGGCAUUUCUACCAAGGAUGCUGGAGAUUACAAAUGUAAGGCCAAAAAUUUGGCUGGGUCUUCAGAAGCCGUGGUCACCGUGACAGUGCUUGGUGGUGGCUCAGCCGUAUCACCAGACUCACCCGGGGAAACUGGAGAUCGCUCUGGGCAAGAGGUUCACACAGGACCCAGAAGACCCAUGUCCACACCCGGUCCGUCCUCCACGGCCUGGCCGCCUUCCUCCUUUGCUUCUUCCACUCCCCUCUAUCCUGUAACUCCGUUCUCUCCCUCCAGCAUGUCCUUCUCCUCACCGCCUUCAGCCUCAACUCUAAGCACCAGCAUUUCAAUUUCAGCAAGUACUGUCCUGGCCGACCAGCAGCCCCUCCUGCACCACCUGGAUGGGAAAAGCGAUUCCAAAGUGGAGAGGAGUGGAAAUGCGCUUCCCGCAGCCAGUACAAGUGAGAAGGAAGAGCUGUCAGAGGGAGCGUUGCCUGUGGGGACGGAUGCCACAGUAGAAAACGUCAGGGUGGCCAGCCAGACACGAGAGAGCGUGACUCUGACGUGGAACGUGGUCAACCCCACGCCCAACUGGGAGGUGACUGUGUCGUAUUCCAAAUUCGGGGAGGAGGCCCCACGGCUGCUGAUCACAGACUCCAGCAAGAACCAGGUGACCCUGGAAGGCCUAGUGCCUGGCGGGCAGUACCUGGCGUGUGUCUGCCUGUCAGGAACGCAGCCCCACAAGGACCAGUGUGUCACCUUUGCCACAGACAGUGCUGAGGGGGGCACCGCUCCAGGCCCCUUCCUCGUGCUGAGCGCUAUAGCCUGUGGGAUUAUCUUGCCGGUGCUUUUUUUCCUGCUGUAUAAAGUUUGCAAACUGCAAUGUAAGUCAGACUCCUUCUGGGAAGAUGAUUUGACCAAGGAGACUUAUAUCCAAUUUGAGACCCCGUCCCCCAGGCGUCCAAGUAUAGGGGAACCUUGGGUACGGAAGCACAGAGACGAUUGCGAAAAAUUGCUGCUUUGCUCUAGGUCAAGUGUGGAAUCUCAGGCGCCUUUUAAAAGUGAAGCGUCUAGACCAGACUAUUACUGCUGA